AUGGCAAACCCAUCUUUUGAAACAUGUCCUGACUUCGAUGGACCAGCGUACGCAAAUAUAUGCGACGACAUCCGGAGAGCCACCGGACAGACCCAAGAAGAAGUCAUUGUUCGCCUAACCCAAUCCUGGACCGAUGGACACAACGAGAGAGUCGAUGAGUGGAACCAAAAUAGGGAGCAGGAAGCAGCCCAGCAGGAAGCUGAAGCAGAGAAAGAGAAAGUCGAAGCAGAGAAAAAGAAACCGAAAAUGAAUGGUUUCGACGAAGCGUCUUCAGUAGGAGAUUCCAUUGCACCGCGCCCAUCCCAAUACGCGAUUCAAAAACUCAAUAAUUUUGACUACGUAGAACUAGGGAAUGACAUGGGUAUACCCAUGGGUAUCUGUGGUGAUACCCCCACCCACACCCACCAAAAACCCACACCCACCUGUAGUACUGGAGACAAAUAUACUGCUAGUCUCACCUUGUUAAUUGGCAGUCAUUUGAGAGAGAUAUAA